AUGUUUUUUGAAUUACUUUUGUGCCUCUUCAUUGGCACAACCUUUGGAAAUGUGGAUAAACAAAAUCCACCACAAUGGAACAAUGUAUACACCGUGAAAGGCGUUUUGAACAUCCCUCAUGCUGAUGUACAAGAACCAUUCCAUGCUUGGUACGACGGCAAGAAUGGCAAGUCCCGGAUUGACUACUACGGCAACAUGGUCAGGACUUACCAAAUGUCUCCCUCCGUUUUCCCUAAGUAUGGUGCUUCCUUCAUGGUAGUUCCCGUGACGACUGAGACGGAGUUGAACAAGGACACUUGCCUCCACGUAACUGGCACUGCGGCAAGACGCAUCCAUAUACAAUCGGUUCUGCCCGACAUGACGGGCUUCAAGUUUGUUGGCACAGAAACGAUACAAGAUUCGGAAACUUCAAAAUGGAUGCUGGUCUAUACGACUGGCGAAAUGGUGACCAAGUACACCAUGUGGGUGAAAUACAGGAAGGGUCUCAAAGGAGGUCCACUGCCAAUUCCCGUCAGGUACGAGGUGAAAGGAUUCAAUACGCUUCUGGGUUUCGAGCGUGACCACUACUACCAGGAAUACAGUGACUAUGAUGUUAACGAAUUCGACCCCAACGUAUUCGUUGUUGAUCGUGUGCAGUGCGCGCCGUUCAAGGGUCCCGAGUGGAGUUACUUUGCCACAUUCAACCCCAUGAAGGAGUUCGUACAUCCUGUGCACGACGCACACGUUGGCAGCGAGUUUGACAGCUUUAAGACUAAAUACGGCAGACAAUACUCCAGUGAAGAGGAGCACGCUAAACGCUUGAAUAUCUUUAGACAGAAUCUACGCUUCAUUCACUCUAACAAUCGCGCGCGGCGUGGCUUUAGUUUGUCUGUGAACCACCUGGCUGAUCGCACUGACGACGAGCUGGCGGCUUUACGGGGACUAAGAUACAGUGAACCCAUUCCCAUGGGUCUACCUUUCCCGUACGGAGAAUCUGAGUUGAGAGAGAUGCAAGCGAAACUGCCCCCAGAAUUUGACUGGAGGCUGUCCGGUGCUGUUACACCAGUGAAAGAUCAGUUAUGGUGCGGCUCGUGCUGGUCGUAUGGAGCGGUCGGUGCUGUAGAGGGCGCGCUGUUCUUACGCAACGGUGGCCAUCUUGUUCGUCUCAGUGAACAGGCGCUCAUCGAUUGUUCAUGGGGCUUCGGUAACUUUGGCUGCGGCGGUGGCUUUCCAUCCAGGGCUUACCAAUGGAUCAUGAAGCACGGUCUGCCUACUGAAGUAGACUAUGGCAGUUACUUGGCACAGAACGGCUACUGCCACGUGGAUAACGUGACACUGGUGACAACUAUCAAGGACUGGGUCGAUGUCACCCCCAAUAAUGAUAACGCUCUCCGUCUGGCAAUUUUCAAGCAUGGUCCGAUCUCGGUCGGGAUCGAUGCCUCGCAAAAGAGUCUCCAUUUCUACUCACAAGGAGUAUACUUUGAACCAAAAUGCAAAAACAAACCACACGAACUGGACCACGUUGUCUUAGCAGUUGGGUACGGCACCCUCAACGGACAGAAGUACUGGCUCAUCAAGAACUCCUGGUCGAACAUGUGGGGCAACGAUGGAUACGUGCUCAUGUCCUCCCGAGACAACAACUGCGGUGUCGAAACUAUGCCCACCUACGUAAUCAUUUAG